AUGGCCCCGCAGCAGGGUCGGCCGGCGCUGCCCCCGCGCUGCGAGCCGCCGCCCGCGCCGCCCGUGCCGCCUCGCCGGGAACGCGGGGCGCGCGGCGCGAGAGGACCCGGCGUGCCCGGGGGCCGGGGCCGGGCGGGCGGCCCCGAGGGGCGCGGCGUGAAGUGCGUGCUGGUGGGCGACGGCGCGGUGGGCAAGACCAGCCUGGUGGUGAGCUACACCACUAACGGCUACCCCACCGAGUACAUCCCUACGGCCUUCGACAACUUCUCGGCUGUCGUGUCCGUGGACGGCAGGCCCGUGAGACUCCAGCUCUGUGACACUGCGGGACAGGACGAGUUUGACAAGCUGCGACCCCUCUGCUACACCAACGCAGACAUCUUCCUGCUGUGCUUCAGCGUGGUGAGCCCCACCUCUUUCCAGAACGUCAGUGAGAAGUGGGUGCCGGAGAUCCGGUGCCACUGCCCCAAGGCUCCCAUCAUCCUUGUCGGGACACAGUCGGAUCUCAGAGAAGACGUCAAAGUGCUCAUUGAGCUGGACAAAUGCAAGGAGAAGCCGGUGCCUGAGGAGGCUGCGAAGCUCUGCGCCGAGGAGAUCAAAGCCGCCUCCUACAUCGAGUGCUCAGCCUUGACUCAGAAAAACCUCAAGGAGGUGUUUGACGCCGCCAUUGUCGCUGGUAUCCAGCACUCGGACUCUCAGCAACAGCCAAAGAAGUGUAAGAGCAGGACCCCAGACAAGGUGCGAGACCUGUCCAAGUCGUGGUGGAGGAAGUACUGCUGCCUGGCCUGACGCUCACGUGGCCGUGGCCGCAGGACACGUGCUCGGGUGCUCGUGGGAGGAGCCCUCAGCGGGUGCCCUCUUCCUCCCUUAUUUCCCGUGUGUGAGCGUAGGGUCGAGAUGCGUAUGCAAGAUGAAUUAAAGGCGUUUGGAUGUAAGUUAAGAUUUUUUUUUUUCUUUUCAAAACUCUGGAAACUUAGAGCUGCAGACCUCUGGAUUAAUUUAUAUCUCAUGCGGGAAGGGCUCUUUGAAGCUGGAUGUCGGGGUGACAUUUUGCUGCGUUGUACAGGACAAGGGGGAGCAUGCCGACUCUCCGCUAAGGGCUAGUGGGUGUCCUGUGCGCAACAUGCGUGCACCAGACACGUGGAGAACAAGUCCCCAGCUCUGAGACCACACAGACCGUGCCUGCUCUUCUACGAGCAGAAAUCUGAGACAACAACGAGGCUUCUGUGCCUACAAAACCUCACAUCCUUCAGUUCUGUCGUUUACUCAGACUCAUUUGCUAAGAUUUUAAAACAACCAAAACACCCCGCUGGCUGCCGGUGCCGCGUUGACUGAAGAGCGCGCUUGCUUACUGGGCCUUUUCGCCCUGUGACCAGUUGUGUGGACACUGUGGGAAGAUAGUUCAGGAGGCGAGCGCCGGCUGCACAUCUCGAAUUUUCUUUAGUGAGUGACUCAUGUUGAGAUUAGUGCUGUUUGCUUUUCGGGCUGGCCUGUCACCAGGCCACCUGUGUUCUGGUGAGGGGAACAGAAGGAGCCCCUGUCUGGUGCUCUAAAGCUUCCAUAUUCUGUUGUCCGUUUGUGGACACCUCGCAAGGCUGUAGCAGACACUUGUGGGGCACAAACCCCAUAAAGUAUGUUGAAAUGUCAUUUUCUGUACACACACACACAACACACACACACGUGUAGAUGGCAGGUUUGCUGCCGGUCAGGCUUUCAGACAGAAAAGCAUGGCCGUAGAACCUGUCAGGAUGGUGUGACUCCUUUUUUGUCACCUUCUCUGAAUGGACAUCUUUUUGUGUUAGUUAUAUCUUAAUUGACACGUUUUUAAGACCAUCUUAAAAAGUGGAAUGAACGUCCAUUGAUUUCAGCACUUUCAGGGCCCGGUGUUGGGGACCAAAUGCCUGCAGGACCAAGCCUGUUCAGCACCUUCUCACUGGGGCAGCUGGAGGAUUAUGUCGUGGCAUGUCCUUUACAGUGGGGCUCUUAAGGCUGACUGUUCUGAGGACAGUCACGUGUCAGGAGAGCCCUUUCCUGGUACAGUGGGCACUUCCAUGACAUCACAGGGGCAGAUACCAAACCAUAGCAUUCAGUUUUCUGUGGGUGAAGCAGUCACCAGCCAGGGACACCUCCAUGUGGCCAGCCAGUCACAGAAUCUUCUCUCUCUGUGGUUUUAUGUUAUCUUUUUUUAUAUUAAAAAAAAAAUCUCCUUUGUGUUUUUCUAUAGAAAAAAAGUAAAAGAUGAGGCUUUACUUCAGGUCGGGGCUUCUACUCCUGCUAGACACUGGGCCUCAGAAUUUCUUUGUCUGACGAAGGUUAAUCACUGAACCUCUAAAAUACAUGGACUGUUGGUGAUUGACUUUUCAGCAAACUGCGAUUGAUGUCAGCCAUAGUUUCCUGACAGCUUCAACGAAGAACACGGCUUUGUUUGUGGAAAUGCUUGUAGCAGACCUAGUUACUGCGCUCAUGCUGCUGUGCCCAGCUGUCUGGAGAGCCAGCCCCCCAGGCUGGGCUGUCUGCCCUGAGUGUGGAGGUGGGGCGGUGGGGGGAAAUGGGGGAGUUAUUUAAUGUUAAAAGCUAUAAUAAAGCAAAUGGAAUGAAGAAUAAGCAAAUCAGCUUUUAAGACAGAUUGCAAACUUGAAAGACGCUUUAUACCAGAGCUGUCAGGCUUCACACACUGUCUCUGGGCCACUGGAGAGAUGGUGUGGAAGAUGCCACGUGACCACGUUCUGGAAGCUUCCCUCUAAGACUUGACAUACCUGGACUGUUUGAGCCACACAUCUAGUGGGUUGGCACUUAAUCUGCAAGUUUUUAAUACGUUGUUACAUUUUUUUUUGAAUCAUAAGGUACGACUGUACUUGUGGUUUCCUUUAUUUUUAUUUCUCUGUGAAAAUAGGGAUUUCAGCUAAGAAAUGUUAAAAAGCAUGUGCUUGAUUGAAAUGUAACCUUGGUUCUCUUUAAAGCUGAAAAGUGGCUGAAUGUACAGCUUGGUGUGAGCUGAUCCUGUGAGAUGUGUGUAGAGAUGCCUCUUUAGUCUAACUCCCACACUCUGUGCCAGGGUGUCCAACCUGUCAACAUUGCGACAUGCCAUUGCCAUCUACAGACGUGUUGCUCUGCAUUCAUAGUUAUCCUGGGACAUAUGUGGUCCACAGGCCACAAGUUGGAAUGCUUGUUGGGUCAAUUUACCUAAAAAACACAUUGUACCAGGCUUCAAAAACUGUCACCUCUUCUUACCACAUGUGUACAAACCGACCUUUAUAACCUUGUUCUCUGCUCAGCAGAUGUGUGAGUGGCUACCCAGCAGUCUCAAGCCAAAAGGGGAGCCCGGCUCCUCCAUAGGUGCCUUACCAAGUUGUGCUUUUCUGUUUCCACGUGUCAAUGAUGUCAGACAGAAUUCUUGUACUUGAAAAUGCUAUAAAUGAAAUGGUAUGAAAUAAAUUUUGACCUGUGGA